GGCCCAACUCGUCUGUGGUUGGCUGGGGAACAGGAAGCGUCCCGCCUGGCCUGAAGCCGCCGCCUUGCCCUCACUGCUGUCGCUCCACUUACCGACAAGUGUGUGCGGCUCCUGUGUGAGAGCGGUGCAAUGAUAAAAGCCGCAUAUGCGGUAGGCAAUACACCUCAGACAGAAAAUACCCCAGAAACCCGUUCGGCCCGGUCCACAGCGCGCCUCAGCCCGAUCCACCGUCCGCAGGGGGUCUGAAGAGCCGAUUCAACAAUGUCUUGGUCGUUGUCGGGGGGCGUUGCCAAUGAUGUCACCCGCUACCUGUCAUCAGGGGCGUCACCUACCGACUCCAACUCCGCCUUAACAGCAGCGAGUCAGGCAGACUGGGCGGCCAAGAGGCUGGUGUGGGUGCCAUCGGAAAAGCAUGGCUUUGAGUCGGCCAGUAUUAAAGAGGAGCGAGGUGAUGAGGUGGAGGUGGAGUUGACAGACACACAGAAGUUGGUGACUCUGUCCAGAGAAGAGGUGCAGCGCAUGAACCCCCCACGCUUCAGUAAAGUGGAGGACAUGGCCGACCUCACCUGCCUCAACGAAGCUUCAGUGUUGCACAACUUGAGAGAGAGAUACUACUCUGGUCUAAUAUACACAUAUUCAGGCCUCUUCUGCGUGGUAAUAAACCCGUACAAGAACCUUCCAAUCUACACAGAGUCCAUAGUAGAGAUGUACCGAGGGAAGAAACGCCACGAGAUGCCUCCACACAUUUACGCCAUAUCAGAGGCCGCCUAUAGGAGCAUGCUGCAAGACAGAGAAGAUCAGUCGAUCCUUUGCACUGGAGAGUCUGGAGCAGGGAAAACAGAGAACACGAAAAAGGUGAUCCAGUACUUGGCCCACGUUGCCUCCUCUCAUAAAGGCGGGACAUCGGCACGCUCCAAAGAAAUAAACAUGCAGAGUAUGCAAUAUGGUGAGUUGGAGAGACAGCUGCUGCAGGCCAACCCGAUAUUAGAAGCCUUCGGAAACGCAAAGACUGUGAAAAAUGACAACUCAUCAAGAUUUGGCAAGUUCAUCCGAAUUAACUUUGACGUGGCUGGAUACAUUGUUGGUGCCAAUAUUGAGACCUACCUCUUAGAAAAGUCCCGAGCCACACGUCAGGCCAAGGACGAACGAACUUUCCAUAUCUUCUACCAGAUGCUUUGUGGGACAUCAGCGGAAACGAGAGCCGACUUGCUCUUGGGGACUGCAGACGAGUACCGCUUCCUCAGCCACGGUUCGGUCCCGGUUCCAGGUCAAAGCGACUCGGAAAACUUCACUCAGACCAUGGACUCGAUGGCCAUCAUGGGAUUCACACCCGAAGAGUCUGUGUCCAUGUUAAAGGUCAUCUCUGCCGUGCUUCAGUUUGGGAAUAUCACUUUCAAUAAAGAGAAGCACCACGAUCAGGCUUCGAUGCCCGACAACACGGCCGCUCAGAAACUCUGCCACCUGCUGGGCAUCAACGUCCUGGAGUUCUCCCGCGCCAUCCUCACCCCGAGAAUCAAAGUGGGACGGGAGUAUGUGCAGAAGGCCCAGACCAAAGAACAGGCUGACUUUGCAGUGGAGGCUCUGGCUAAAGCGACAUACGAGCGUCUGUUCCGAUGGCUCGUGCACAGGAUCAACAGAGCUCUGGACCGAAGGCAGAGACAAGGAGCCUCCUUCAUCGGGAUCCUCGAUAUCGCCGGAUUUGAAAUAUUCCAGCUGAACUCGUUUGAGCAGCUGUGCAUAAACUACACCAAUGAGAAGCUACAGCAGCUGUUCAACCACACCAUGUUCAUCCUGGAGCAGGAGGAGUACCAGAGGGAGGGCAUCGAGUGGAAUUUCAUUGACUUUGGCCUGGAUCUGCAGCCCUGCAUAGACCUCAUAGAGAGACCGAAUAACCCGCCUGGCGUCCUCGCGCUCCUGGAUGAAGAGUGCUGGUUUCCCCGGGCAACAGACCGCUCGUUUGUGGAGAAACUCACAGGAGAGCAGGGCAGCCAUCCCAAAUUCUUCAAAUCAAAACAACCGCGCGGAGAGGCCGACUUCUCCAUCAUCCACUACGCUGGGAAGGUCGACUAUAAAGCAAACGAAUGGUUAAUAAAGAACAUGGAUCCAUUAAACGACAACGUGGCGUCUCUUCUCCAUCAGUCGUCAGAUCAUUUUGUGUCUGAGCUCUGGAAGGAAGUGGACAGGAUCAUAGGUCUAGACCAGGUCUCCACAGGGGAGAGCAGUGGUCCGGUGCCGUUCGGAGCAGCCGGAUUAAAAACCAAAAAGGGAAUGUUCAGGACCGUGGGGCAGCUGUACAAAGAGUCCCUCACCAAACUCAUGGCCACUCUGAAGAACACCAACCCCAACUUCCUCCGCUGCAUCAUCCCCAACCACGAGAAGAAGGCUGGAAAGCUUGCUCCACACCUGGUUUUGGAUCAGCUUCGGUGCAAUGGUGUCCUGGAAGGUAUUCGGAUCUGCAGACAAGGAUUUCCAAAUCGCAUCCCGUUCCAGGAGUUCAGACAGAGAUAUGAGAUCCUAACACCUAAUGCUAUUCCUCGCACCUUUAUGGACGGGAAGCAAGCGUCAGAACUGAUGAUAAGGGCUUUGGAGCUGGACAAAAACCUGUUCAGAGUGGGGCAGAGUAAAGUCUUCUUCAGAGCUGGAGUUUUGGCUCAUCUGGAAGAAGAGCGAGACCUAAAGAUAACAGACACCAUCAUCCGCUUCCAGAGCGCUGCCAGGGGAUACCUCGCCCGCAAAGCUUUCACAAGAAAGCAGCAGCAGCUGGGUGCUCUGCGGGUGAUGCAGAGGAACUGCGCCGCGUAUCUCAAACUCAGGAACUGGCAGUGGUGGCGCCUGUUUACAAAGGUGAAGCCGCUGCUGCAGGUGACGCGACGGGACGAAGAGAUCCAGGUACGAGAGGCAGAGCUUCAAAAAGCCAAAGACAAACUGACGAGAGCGGAGCAGGACUACGUCGAGCUGGACCAGAAACAUGCUCAGCUGAUGGAGGAGAAAGCCUUAUUGGCAGACCAGCUCCAGGCCGAAGCAGAGCUGUUUGCGGAGGCGGAGGAAAUGAGAGCCCGAUUAGCUAACAGGAAACAGGAGCUGGAGGAGGUGCUGAAUGAACUGGAAACCCGACUGGUGGAGGAGGAGGAGAGAGGAGUGCAGCUGACCAACGAGAAGAAGAAGAUGCAGCAGAGUAUACAGGACCUGGAGGAGCAGUUGGAGGAGGAGGAAACCUCCCGACAGCGCCUCCUGCUGGAGAAGGUCACGCUGGAGACCAAAGUCAAAAGCCUGGAGACCGACCUGAUGAGCGCAGUGGAACAUAGAGAUCGAUUUAGCAAGGAGAAGAAACAGUUGGAGGAUCGUCUGAAUGAAGUGACAGACCAGUUAACGGAAGAGGAGGAGAAAUCCAAAAGUCUGACGAAACUCAAGAACAAACAAGAGGCCGUCAUCGCUGAUCUGGAGGAGCGUCUAAAGCGCGAGGAGCAGGGCCGUCAGGAGCAGGAGAAGUGGAGGAGGAGGAUGGAGACUGAGUCGGUGGAGGCUCAGGAGCAGCUGUCGGACUUGGGCAUGGUCACAGCCGAGCUCAAGGGCAGUCUGAGUCAGAAAGAGAAAGACAUCACCACUCUACAGGGACGUCUGGAGGAGGAGGGGGCGCGCCGUGCUGAGGCUCAGAGAUCCCUGAGAGAGGCCAUGUCUCAAGUGUCAGAGCUGAAGGAGGAGGUGGAGAACGAACGAGGGAUGAGAGAACGAGCGGAGAAACAGAGACGAGACCUGAGCGAGGAACUGGAGGCUCUGAGGACUGAGCUGGAGGACACGCUGGACACUACUGCAGCACAGCAAGAGCUCAGGUCUCGUCGAGAGGCUGAACUUGGUGACCUCCAGCGCUGUGUAGAAGAAGAGACUCGACGCCACGAGGCUCAGCUCUCUGAGAUCAGGGUCAAACACAGCUCCGCCAUCGACAAUCUGCAGGAACAACUGGACAACACCAAGAGGGCUCGGCAGUCUCUGGAAAAAGCCAAGUCCGUUUUGGAGGAGGAGCGGCAGAGUUUGACAGAUGAAAUCAGAGGUCUCCAGGCGAGUCGAAUGGAGAGUGAGAGAGGACGGAAACGCGCAGAAAACCAACUUCAGGAGCUCACAGCACGACUGACACAAGCUGACAGAGAGAAGGAGGAGAGGGAGGAGCGUAUGCACAAGCUACAGUGUGAAAUCGAGUCUCUCUCAGGAAACCUCUCCUCUUCUGAUACAAAAACUUUGCGUCUCUCUAAAGAAGUCACCAGCUUGGAAAACCAGCUACACGAUAUACAGGAACUGCUCGGGGAGGAGACUCGACAGAAGUUGGCUUUGGGGACAAGGGUUCGCGCUCUGGAGGAUGAGAAGAAUGGACUGAUGGAGAGAGUGGAGGAAGAGGAGGAGAGAGCCAAAGAUUUGAACAAACAGAUACAGACACUGACUCAACAGUUAGCAGAGCUCCGUAAACAGACAGAGGAAGUGAACACAGCGGUGGAAUCGGGAGAGGAAGCGCGCAGGAAACUUCAGCGCGAAUUGGACAGCGCCCUCCAGAGGGAGAAGCAGAAAGAGGAGGAGAAAGAACGAGUGGAGCGACAGAGGGAGAGACUGAGAGAAGAGAUAGAGGACAUGACCCUGGCCUUACAGAGAGAGAGACAAAACUGCACUGCGCUUGAGAAGAGGCAGAAGAAGUUUGAUCAGUGCCUGGCAGAGGAGAAAGCCGUGAGUGCCCGUUUGGCCGAGGAGCGAGACAGAGCAGAGGCCGACAGCCGAGAAAAGGAAACAAAAUAUCUGUCACUUUCAAGAUCUCUGCAGGAGGCCCAGGACCAGAAAGAGGAGCUGGAGCGGAUCAACAAACAGCUGCGAAUGGAAAUGGAGCAACUGGUGAACCAACAGGACGACGUGGGCAAAAACGUGCAUGAGUUGGAGCGUGCGCGGAGGGCCCUGGACACGGAGGCCCAGAGCCUGAGGCUCCAGACUCAGGAGCUGGAGGAGGAGCUGACGGAGGCCGAGAACUCACGACUCCGACUGGAGGUCACUCUGCAGGCGCUGAAAGCUCAGUUUGAACGAGAGCUCAGCACCAGCGAAGAGAAGGGAGAGGAGAAGAGGAGAGCGCUCAGCAAACAGGUGCGUGAGUUGGAGAUUCAGUUGGAGGAGGAGCGGAGUCAGCGCUCUCAGGCCGUCACCUCCAAGAAACAGCUGGACGCAGAGCUUCAGGACCUGGAGUCUCAGGUGGAAACAGCCAACAGAGGCAAAGAGGAGGCCAUGAAGCAGCUACGCAGGCUACAGGCUCAACUAAAGGAUAUUUAUCGGGAGCUGGACGAGGCCAAAAUAACAAAAGAAGAAGUGAUGACCCUUUCCAAAGAGAGCGAGAAAAAGAUCCAGGGUCUGGAGGCUGAAGUCCUGCAGCUCACUGAGGAGCUGGCUGUAUCAGAGAGGCAGAAGAGACAGGCUCAGCAGGAGAGAGACGAGCUGGCAGAUGAAAUGAUGAACAGCACCACAGGAAAGUCGGCCUUGGGUGAAGAGAAGCGUCGUCUGGAGGCUCGGGUGACUCAGCUGGAGGAGGAGCUGGAGGAGGAGCAGACAAACUCGGAGCUGAUAUCUGAGCGUCACAGGAAGCUGGCUCUGCAGGUGGAGACUCUGACGGUGCAGCUUCAGGGAGAGCGCACACUGGCCCAGAAGGCGGAGGCAGCCCGGGACCAGCUCGAGAGGCAAAACAAAGAGCUCAAAGCCAGACUGGGAGACAUGGAGGGGGCCGUGAGGGGCAAGCACAGGCUCAACGUCGCCGCUCUAGAGGCCAAGGUGGAGUCGCUGGAGGAGCAGCUUGAACAAGAGCAACAGGAGCGUACCAUUGCAAACAAAUUGGUGAGAAAGACAGAAAAGAAACUAAAGGAGGUCAUGAUGCAGGCUGAAGACGAAAGGAGACACGCCGACCAGUAUAGAGAGCAGCUGGACAAAUCGAUGGUGCGUUUGAAGCAGCUGAAGAGGCAGUUGGAGGAGGUGGAGGAGGAGAACUCGCGCUCAAACGCUCAGAAGAGAAAACUGCAGAGGGAACUGGAGGAGCUUAACGACAGCAGCCAGACCAAGAACCGAGAGAUCUCGUCCCUUCGUAACCAGCUCAGCGUCCCUGAAUGGCGUGCAGCUUUACCUCUGACUGUGCGUGGGCGGAGAAAUUUGGUGGAUUCACUGGAAAACUCAGAUUCUGAGGAGCCUCCAGCCUCGCCCUCGUCUGGAAUCCCAGGGACCCCCACCCCCUCCUCCGAGAACAGCCUGGACCCCCCUGCCUCCUUCAGCAUCAACUCAGAGUGACGCCCCCUAAUGCCAAACACAGGAAUCGCAACGCAUGACCUGGCCUCUCGCCUCCAGUACUCAGGGGUCAAUGAGCUACAUGCACACUGCAACUAAUGUCUAAAUUAAUUAAAAUUAUUUGAAUUCAGAAUAUUAAUUUCAAUUACUACGAUUAUUCGAUUUUUUCAUUGCAUUUGUUACUGGUUUCUCAAUACAAUAUAGCUUAAAAUAUCAAAAUAAAUCUUUAUAUUGGUAAGUAAAAAUAUCUUACCUCAUCAGUGGGUUUCAGAAUUAUAAAAGAUCUGAACUGUUGCCAUAGCGAUUAAAUAUCUAAAACAAAAUAGUACAUCUUUUGAAUGAUGAAAAGUCCUCAAAAUGUCCCCUACACCCAACAGGAAGCUGAAACCCAGAAUUGGCAAAUAAUUUGGCAUGAAAUAAGAAGAAAUGAGUUAAAACCAGUCAGUUCAAAUGAAAUAAAUAUUAACAUGUCCAAACAAAUUAAAUGAAUUCAAGUCAUUUUAACUAAUCUAGAUGACAUUUUUUGCGGUGCAGUCAGAUACGCACAUCAGACGCUGCAAUAUACAUAACCUCAUCCAGCAACGCUCUUUAGGAUUUUAGACAAAUGUGGAAACCGAGUUAAAAAAAUUGAUUUUUCAAAAGCUACAUUUAUUUGUAUUUUGUAACUGACACAAGGCAACUAACAGCAUUUCUACAGUGAGCUGCUUAUAAGCCUUUCUUAGAGCUGCAUUUCUCAGUAACACGUGGACGAUUUAACCACUUUUCCAUUUUAGCUGUACAGUUUACAUUUGGGGGUAUUUUCAAACCAAGCCAUGUGUGAGAUAAUUAUGCAGAAUUUAAAACACAGGGCUGCUGGAGAGGAAAAGAAUCUAAAACGUCAUAAGACAAUCUGUUCUCAGUUUAGAUUUACAACGGAUAAAAUGUUUAAUUACUUAUAAGACACAUGCGUUAGAUUCUUUAGGCCUUUGCUCUGGUUUAAAUUGAAAUAAAAAAAAAAACUUAGCGCAAUAUCAAGCUAAUUUAAAUGCGUAAGAUAGCAUUAUUUCAAAGUCAUGAUUUAAAGAUCCACUGCGUAACUUUUCUGGCGGAGGGUUUGCGAUGUGCUUGCCUCCAGAAUGUUCCACUGUACGGCCUCUGGAGCCAGUUCCAGGUCAGGUUUGCGUAGAGGCAAGCCUGCUCACAGUAAGAAUACAUGUUUUUCAAGGUAGUCCUUUUAGCAAUAAGAACAUCUGUAAUUUAAAAAAACUGCAGUGCAAAAUAGUGACAUUUCCAUGGAAACACACAUGAGCGGUCACUCUAACAGAAAAGGUACGCAGUGCACCUUUAUUAACCUAUACCAUUCCACACAAAUGCGUUAACAGUAUGCAACAUAUCGCAUUAUUUCCCCAGUUUUCAGACAUAAACUUAACUCGAUUUGUGCUACACAUAGCCUACGACUUUUUAAGGUGGUAUGAGAAGAUUUACAACUAUUCAAAGCUGUUUCUCCUUUACCAAGACUACACUGUUGAGCAUACCACCUUUAUCCUUUCUUGCCACGUGAUAUUUUUGUAAUUUUCCUAUUUACUUGUAAUUUAUCAUCCUAAAACAGCCUUUGUUUUACCAAGCGGUGGGUGUACGGAUGAGAAAAAGGGACUUAGCGUAUUAGUAAAUGUAGGCUAGCUUAGAGUAGCAAAUUCCUUUAGUAGAUUCAGGAAAGGUGUACUCCCCUACAACUUUACUGGUUUAAAAACUAGCAUGACAUUUUUACAUGAUGUUUUAGCAUUAGAUAAAAAGACAAAGAAGGCAUCCAGAAAUGAAUUUUGUAAAAAGAAAAAGCAAAAGUAUGUGUUUUUUUUAUGUGAAUUUAAAGAAUUGCAUCACAUAAACUGAUUUACUCUGCCUUCUUAUAUUUAUUAAAUUCAAAUUGUUUUUAUUUUUGUGUUAUUUCAUGAAAUUAUUUUGACAUAAAUAUCCAGAAUUGUCUUAUGAGGACACGGUUUUGCAUCGGUAAGAAUGUCAUUUUAAAAGUUCAUUCCACCAUUUUAAACUAAACACUAAAUCUCACUACUAAACUGUGUAUAUGGUGUUUUUAUAGCAUUAUCUACUGUUCCAGGUCAUUUUUUGGGGUCGUUUUCGUGCAAAUCUGGAGUUUUCUGGUCAAAACCGCCUAAAUCUAAGAGGCCCCUGCGAUUUCAAGUAGUUGGUGACAUCACACAGCACUACCACGAUUACAGCCAGGUGUUUCUGAUUACAAACACCUGGCUGCAGGGGCGGAGUUUGACAUGCGAAUACCUGUUAGACCAAUCACAUCGCUCCUUAUUCCUCCAGACGAGCCCAGCCCAGUUUAACAGCUGUAUUUGAAAUGUAGAUAUGGGCGGAGUUUAGGUGCUUCGUCCUACUUUAAGAUUGUCAAAUACCACUUUCUGAACAAUUUGCCAGUUCAAACAAGCGUGGUUAAAUAAAAACUAAAUGAUAUACCAAAAAUACACGGUUUAACAAUUGGUGAAAUGUUCUUUUAACUUUAUUCUUGGAACUAAACACAGAUCAAAUCGGUUGAAAGAAUGUUAUAAUGAAUGCUUUAUUUUUAAGUUUAUACACAAUUUUUCGUGGGACAACAAUUAGGAGAUUUUAGCGAUUUUUUUGUGUUUUUUUUUUUUUUUUUAAUGCUUCCUCUUCUGCUUUACUUUCACGUUCAUAUCCAAUGCUGCUGCAGUGAUGCAAAGCUAAAACCACAUCAAACUGCUAUUACUACAUGCUUACAUUGUAUGGGUCUAUAUAUAAUGUACAUUUUAUUUGAUAAGCAGGUUUAUCCUAAUGAUUCACAGGAAAGCGGUAAGCAGUCGGGUCAAGAGUAGCUACUGACGACAUAUAUUUAACGCCCAAUUACGGGUUUUUGAUUUGUUGUUUUUUUCUGUUUGUAUCAUUUUUUUAAGAAUGCAAAAUGAUUUUAUUUGAAGUUGUGUAUUUUUUCUAAGAUUUUCUGCACUUUACACUAGAGUGGGAGCUUCAACUUUAUCUGAAAUGGGCUGACGAAGCGCUAAAGCCAAAUGAGACAAAACUCUUGUCUUUUAAUUGUUGAAUACUGUUAGGUCUAUUGAUGGUGAUGCUGAAACCUCUGCAGGCCUUUUUGUAAAAAUCCAUUGUUUAAACUUAGGGGUGUGCGAUAUGGCAGCAAAAAAUCAACAUCUUCUCGUUGAGUCGAGUUCAUGAUUUCAAUUAGUCUUAGUGCUCUUAGUUUUAGUAGCUUUAUAUAGGCUUUAUAAGGUAACUAAUUGUAUCUGCUUCUUCUGAAAGUCUACAUUAAAGUGCGUGAGGCAGGUUUUCAUGUGUUUUUUUAAUUAUUUCGUGGUUUGGUAGCAUAGAAGUUACAUAUUUCUCAUAGUUUUACAUCAGUGUCAGUUUGUGGGAAAAAAGUACAAAAAUACAGGAAGAGGCAAUGAGUUCAACACAGAAACUUCCAUCCGAAAUGCAGGGACAGUUUAUGUGCAACAUAUCUUUCCAACAGUUUAAACCUUCAUUUAACAAAAUAAAGGUGUUGUUUAUUUGUACCAGUCUGAUCACAACUCAUUUUGGCCCUUGCGUAUGGUACGAUUUGCUCGGUAACAGUUAUGAAAUGACCUCUACCUGUGUCCAACCAGGAAGUAAAAAUAUAAAGCUUGAAAAAAAAAACUACUGAAUCACUAUUGUCUUUCCAAAUUUGCAUAUCAUCACAGGGUUAGAUCACUCUUUGAUUUUAUAUUGUCGUAUCGCCCACUCCUUGUUGAACUGCUGAACAAAAAAAAAAUGUAUUUGUAGCAAGAGAAGUGCCCGAUUCUUCUCAAAGGUGUUAAGUUUCUUUCUAUUUUUGUUAAUGGCUACUGUGGAGAUUGAAGCUUUUGGAACAAAUGUUUUAUUGUUUUGCUUUUAAUGAUGCUGUAACUAUAAUGUGUGAAAGGGGGUAACUUUAAUAUAUGUCGUUGGUUUUGA